CAUUGAACAUUCUUUAAAAAUAUGAAUAUAUGUUCAUUUCACUUUUCCACCAAGAAAUUCAUGAUGAUAUACCAAUUACAUUGUCCUAUAUAUUAUAUGUUUUACAAUCAUUUGCUGAUGCAUUGGAUUCUAGACUGAAUUUUAGUUUCCACUGUAAAUCUGAAUCGCUGGAAUCCGAAGAAUCCAAAUGUUUAAUUGUCAUGUUUAAUGUUCAAGCACCAUUGAAAAAAGACGACUUUGGGAGUGAUACCGAUCAACAGAAUAUGCAGAAGACAAAUGGUAAUCAUAAGUCAGUAACUAAUUCACCCUCUGGACAAUCAGAAUUAAACCAGUGCGGCAUGAGAAUGACCAAAAAACUGCUGAGGGAUCUCUGCAAACAACACAAGUUAUACGUGACUCCAAGUUUGAAUGACACCCUCUAUCUCCAUUACAAAGGAUUUGAUCGCUUGGAGAACUUGGAAGAGUACACAGGCUUAAAGUGCCUGUGGCUGGAAUGCAACGGCCUGACGAAGAUUGAGAACUUGAGCGCACAGACCGACCUGCGUUGCCUUUAUCUGCAGCUCAAUUUGAUUCAUAAAAUUGAGAACCUUGAACCUUUGCAAAAACUGGAUUCUCUCAACCUCAGCAACAAUUACGUAAAGACAAUUGAAAAUCUCUCUUGUUUGAAAGUUCUGCACACACUGCAAAUCGCUCACAAUAUGUUACAGACAGUCGAAGACAUACAGCACCUACAGGAAUGCCCCAGCAUUAGCGUACUUGAUCUCUCGCACAAUAAGCUAGAUGAUCCCCAGAUUUUAGAUGUCCUGGAAACCAUGCCUGAUUUGCGUGUGUUGAACCUAAUGGGAAAUGAAGUAAUUAAGAAAAUAGCUAACUAUAGGAGGACGCUUACUAUCCGAUUAAAACAACUGACGUAUUUGGAUGACAGACCAGUUUUUCCAAAAGAGAGGGCCUGUGCAGAAGCCUGGGCUGCAGGGGGGCGCAAAGCUGAAAAAAUAGAAAAGGAAAUGUGGGAAUCGAAAGAACGGAAGAAGAUACAAGACAGUAUCGAUGCUCUCGCUGCCAUCCGAGAAAGAGCCAUAGAGAAGAAAAAGCAGAAGGAAACGAAAGAAAGGGAUAGAGGCUCAGCGGAUGAACCAGGGGAAAUGCCAUCUUCAAGCAAAGAGACGGUGGCAGAAAAUGGAGUGGAGGCAUUGGCUGUUUUGGAAUCUCUGGAGACAAAGCAGAAGAUUGAGAAAUUUGUGAAAGAAAGUAUGGAUGCCCACGAAGAAGCCAUCGCUGCAGCCACAAUCUUGGGUGAUCCGUUGGGUAGAUCAGAGAAUAAUCCACAUCAACAGGAAGCACAAGAACCGGCAUUUAACGGGGCUUCAGGCUUUACACCUACUGAAAAAGAAACAGUCUGUAAGUUCUCUACAGAAGGGCCACUGUGUACCGAAUGCAUUGACUUGGCAGAUAUAGAACACAUUAAGUUGGAUGUGCCAGAAAAACUUUUCCUUGAUGAACUUCCUGAUUUGGAAGAUAUAGACACCAGUGAAGAUUCAUUGAGGGAGGACUUCUACAUCAAAAAGCAAAUAUCUCCUCCAAAAAUUGAAGUGAUUUCUGAAACAAGCAAUGACGGAAGCUGCUUUGAAGGAAACGUUACCACUUCUGACAAUUUAGUAACAUCAGAAGCCUUAGACACCAUAUUUUCAAAGGAUUCUAAGGCACCUGACGUUGGUGCAGAAGAAGCUAUUAGGUCAAUUGUCAAAGAUCUUCUGGCACCACAAGAGGACACCUUGGAAACCAAAGAAAAUCAAGCAAAGCCUCUAGGACCUUUAAUUGAAGACAUCACUCCAGAAUCUUCAGAGCCAUCACAACGUGAAGAUGAUGGACUAAUUCCAAAGGGUACAGAAAAUCGAGAAUGUCAGGAUGGAUCACCUUGCCUAGAUGCAGAGCAGCAAGUAUCAGAAGCAAGCGAAGAUGCUGAGCACGUGUUGGACUGAGGAGUGCAUAAGACAUAGAGCAGGAUACAUCCUGACAGUAUCACCUGCCUGCUCCGUCUCCCCAGGGCUCUCCUUUCUGGCAACAUUCACGUGAGCCAAACCUAGUUGUGUGAUGGCGUGGAGGGGGAUUGAGGGCAUCCUGACCUGCCACGUGGCAUGUAGCUAGGAAGCCUCUGUGGCGGUUCAGCAACAUUUAAAGCAGUGUUU